CAUCGUCAUCGUCGAAAACGUGCAUCUCCGGAAAUAACAUAACAAUCCACUAAAAUAACCAGAUCCGAUCUACCGACCCGGUUCCUCGCCGGAGUCUCCACACCGUAACCGGCGAUCCUCUUUCUGUUAUGGAAGACGUCAAAGGGAAGGAGAUGAUUGAUGAUGCUCCGAUUGAAAAAAUUGAUGACAACAAGGUUUCAGAUGAGAUUCAUAAACAGCCAUCAUCUGAGUCCGAGGAAAAUGCGAUCAAGAAAAAGUAUGGAGGAUUGUUGCCAAAGAAGAUUCCAUUGAUAUCCAAGGACCAUGAACGCGCCUUCUUUGACUCGGCUGAUUGGGCGUUAGGCAAGCAAAAAGGACAAAAGCCGAAAGGGCCUUUGGAAGCUCUCCGCCCAAAACUUCAGCCAACACCGCACCAGCAACCAAGAGCGAGACGAAUGGCUUAUUCUUCAGGCGAUACUGAAGCUUGCAUCUCAGACUCUGAGACUGACAACAACGAAUCUCCCGAUGAAAAAUCCAGCGCAUCAGCUGUUGACAAUACCAAUUUAAAGGACGAUGGAGGCAGCGAUGGUGACGCAAAAGACAAUAUCAAAUCUUGAACAAACAUAUAGAUCUCUUGAGGAGCAAACAAACUUCAUCACAGUCCAAUUUACAGAAGAAUAAGCGGCCAGGUUUGCUUUGCAACGGUUGUAAUAUCAAGUCUCUUACCUUAUCAUACUUGGGAUAGCAAAUCUGUAUCAUUGGACGAUUGCAAAUGGUUUGCUUUAAUGAUCCAUCAAAGCCUUCUUAA